AUGCCUUCACUGCGUUGCUACAACAAGGGUUGCGGUAAAGAGUUUGAUCCAGAUGAUAAUGGUUCAGACUCUUGUCAGUACCAUCCUGGCGAGCCUAUUUUUCAUGAUGCUAAAAAGAAGUGGUCAUGCUGUAACAAAUACAGUACGGAUUUCAGUGAGUUUCUUAGUAUGAAGGGCUGCACAUUUGGACCUCAUAAUCCCGAAAAACCUGCGCCUGUAGUUGUGGAGAAAGCAGCUCCUCAAGUUAACAUAGCGCCACCUGUACAGCCAGUUGCAAAGCCCAUUCCAAAAGCUCCUCUUCCAAGACCCUCUUCCGGUUCUCCUUUAAAGGUGCUUGCUCCAGUUGUAUCACAAAGUCUCAAAACUGCACUAGAAGCGUUGAAGUUAAAGGACGCUUCUGGCGCAGAUAUUACGAACGACCAGGGUCCCAAAUCCUGCUAUAACAAUGGCUGCAAAGCUGUGUUUUCCAUGGACCAGAAAGUAAUACCGAGACGUGUAUGUAUCACUCUGGUAUACCGAUAUUUCAUGAAGGAUGUAAGUAUUGGAGCUGCUGUCAAAGAAAGACGACUGAUUUCGAAACAUUCCUGGCUCAAGAAGGUUGUACUGCCGGUCGACAUGCGUGGACAAAAGAGGCACGUUAUUCUGCCCUUCAUUCCGAUCACUAUAUCCAAGCCUGACUUAAUGUUUUUCAUAUUGGAAAGAAUUGAAGCGAUAACAAAUGGAACUUUCAUCACUCCACUGACGUCACAGUGCCGAUUUGAUUGGUUCCAAAUGCCUGAUACGGUCACCCUAUCGGUGUAUGCAAAAAAUGUGCUCCCGGAGUCCGCCGACGUACGGUGUAACAGUGUCUUUCUCACCCUCUCUUUCCUUUAUGACGGUGGGAAGUCUCACUUUGAGAAAUCAUUCAAUCUCUUUGGGUUGAUCGACCCAGAUACCUCACGACUCAACCUGAUGGCUACUAAGUUGGAAGUGGUGAUGCGCAAAGCCGAAGCCUGCUCCUGGUCUGCUCUCGAGGUCAAAGCGUCAGCGCCGCCAGAGGAGGAAGUGAGGAAAGCAUUAAAUUGA